AUGAUGCCAAAGAAACCUGAGGAUAGAUCGAUGAUCCAACCAUUGCAUGGAUGGUUUAUGAGUCACAACAUUCCGGAGUUGUUUACGGUUGUGUCUGAAUCCCGGAUGUUCAACAUUGGGAGUGUUGAAACUGUGAUUAACUCAGUGGCCAUUAUGGAGAUGUUGAACAUUGAACAACUUGAUAUUAGUUGUAUUCUAUGGUAUCAAAUCUGCAUUUUGGAUUCUGCCCGAGGGACAAAGACAUUGAAAGACUACACAAUAGUUGAACAUGUGAAUAAGGCUGUUACAUGGUUUAAAAAAACAAAAACCGACAUAUCACGUUUGUGUCCAAUGACUUGGAAUCUCCCCAAGAACAUUUGGAAGGACAAAAACCGUUUUUUUGGUGAGGAAUUGGACGAACGCGUUAAAACAUGGAUGAGAACUUUUGGUGAUAAAGUGAAGCUUUUUUCAAGUCAACAGUUAGUGUUUCUAUAUAAGUUAUUAUAA